AUGGACACGAUCUGGGAAAUGAGUGUGUGUGUGUAUGACGUGACGCUCACGGGUUUCUCUCUGCUCCUGCAGUGUCUUUACGGUUGUUAUGUUCAUUCCUCCAUCGUCCCAACAUUCCACAGGAGAUGCUAUUGGCUGCUGCAGAACCCAGACAUUGUUCUCGUGCACUAUCUGAACGUGCCGUCGCUGGAGGACAGUGUGAAGUCGUGUGCUCUGACCGACCGCAGGGACACUCUGCGCUGGAGCCAAGACGAACUGCUGUCUCAACUCAAACCCAUGUUCCACAGUAUGAAAUGGUCUUGUGGAGGCAACGGUUCUGUCGAGCUCUCAGUGGAGCAGAUGGUGCAACAGAUCCUAGAAACACAACAGACCAAACCACAACCACGAACACACACCUGCCUCUGCGCAUCUCCCGGAUCCAACAUUCCUCACCGCUGCAACAGCACCAAACAUCGCAUCAUCUCACCCAAACUGCCCACCCCUCACCCCGCCCUCAGCGAGCUGCAGAAUCUGGCCAAUGAGGGCUCAGGAGCGGAGGCGGGGCUGGAGGUGGGCCCGGGCGAUGCUUUAGUCGCUGUCAUGCCUUCAGAGAGGAAGCAGCUCUCUGGUGCGCCAGAAGAUGGUGGGAGGGUCGAGGACACUGGGGGCGGGGCUUCACCGUGCUCCGCCUCUUCAUCGUCCUCCUCGAGUCCGCCCCAAACGCAGCGGGCGGCGACAAUCGCUCUUAGCAACGGAAACGGAUUCUACGGUGAUCAGCGUGGCGGAUUGGCAGCGGUGGCGCUGCCGCAGAAUGCGCUCAUCGUCAUGACGACGGCAGCACCAGUGGGGCGUGGCUGUGGGGAGGAGCCAAAGGGCGAGCUAGGCUCCACCCGACUGUCGCUCACCCGCGCCGGCGGGCGGCUCGUUCUAUCUCCUGUGCCGCCCAAACAGGACACGCCCUCCCCGCCAAGCUCCGCCUCCCCACCGAGCCCUGCCCCACCCAAUCAGGGAGUGGCCACGCUGUCACUCACUCUCCUGCCCAGCCCUGUGAUUGGAGGACUGCUGCUGACCGACCGCAUUGUCCCAGACACCCCUGGGAUGCUCCUGCACCCAAACCCGACGUCUCCCUCGCCCUCGCUGCUCCCGUUUGACCCUGAUUCCUUUCUCAACUGCCCCAAACAGGGACAGACCUACGGAGGCCCCGCCCUCAUAUCCCACUCCGCCUCCUCUUCCCCGUCUCCGCCUCUUUCUACAUCUCCUCAGCCCCCGUCUCUCGCUCUGUCUCUUUCUCCCACGUCUCCGCCAUCGUCUCUAUCCUCCCUCUCUUCUGAGACAGAAAGGAAGAGUAUUCCGGGUCGUCCCUCCUCCAGUCCAGUCUCCCUGUCUUUUUCGCUCUCUCCGACGCGAACGACUCCCGCGCUGCUCCCGUUGUGUCUGGAGUCGUCAUUAGGACUCGAUUCGUUGAGUCCCCCACUGUCUGUCCCUCCCUCCGACAACAGAGCUCCUCCCACCGGAUUCAACGCUGAAGCCCCGCCUGGUCAUCUACUGACCAAUCAGGUCAACAGGAUGACCCAGAUAACACCCUCCCUCGAAGUGCUGCCGACCAAUCAGCUGCCUCCAGAGGGAGAAAAAGCUGAGUCACAGCACCCUUGUCCUCUAGAAAUGCACCCCAUGUGCAUUCAACCACCGAAUCUGAGCCCGCCCCCGGCCACGCCCCCAAGUGUGAGUCCCGUUCAAGUGAAAGAGGAGCAGUCUCCGCCCACUCAUGCACAUUUCGAAUCAGAAGUCACACCCAUGGACACCACCCACUGUGACCAUAUCGACGGCGAGGAGGCGGGGCUGACGUUUGACUCCGCCUUCCCCGACCUCAUAUCUGAGCUCAUCACAGAGGAGCCCGUCAGCCACCCGCCCACCCUGGCUCCGCCCGUUUACCCCGUCAGGUACAUGGUUCCGCCUCAGCCGACACCGUCCACCUCGUUCCUGCCCUUCCUGCUCCUUACAAACGGCUCAUCGGAACAAAUCCAGCGGCUGGCCAACAUCACGGACUUCUCACCCGAGUGGUCGUACCCGGAGGGCGGAGUGAAGGUGUUGAUCACAGGCCCGUGGUCAGAGACAGACAGCCGAUACUCGUGUGUGUUUGACCAGAGCAGAGUUCCUGCUUCUCUCAUUCAGCCGGGAGUCCUGCGCUGUUACUGUCCUGCUCAUGAAGCUGGACUCAUCGCUCUGCACGUGUUGAAGGACUCCAGCGCCGUCUCCUCCUCAGUGCUGUUUGAGUAUCGCGCUCGCAACGCCUCGUCCUUACCGAGCUCACAGCUGGACUGGUUAUCUCUGGAUGAUAACCAGUUCAGGAUGUCGAUUCUGGAGCGUUUGGAGCAGAUGGAGCGGCGAAUGGCAGAAAUGUCAAAUAACAGUCAGCAGAAUCACAUGAUUCACUAUCAUCAGCAUCUGUCGAGGAACCAGAGCUCCGCGCCGCGCUUGACUCCUGAGAACCAGUCGGGGCUGUGGUUCGAGCGCAGGAUCGUGGCCGUGUGCGAGCGGAUGAUGGCUGGCGGUCGCUGGGAACGAGGCGGUGAGACGGACAGACUCACACACUCCAUGAGACACCGAGGGAUGACGCUACUGCACCUCGCCGCUGCUCAGGGAUACACACAGCUCAUACACACACUCAUACGCUGGAGGUAACACACACACUCAUACGCUGGAGGUAACAUACACGCACUCAUACGCUGAAGGUAACAUACACACACUCAUACGCUGAAGGUAACACACACACACAGCUCAUACACUGGAGGUAACAAGCACACACACACAGCUCAUACACACACUCAUACGCUGGAGGUAACAUACGCACACACUCAUACGCUGGAGGUAUCACACACAGCUCAUACACUGGAGGUAACACACACACACAGCUCAUACACACACUCAUACGCUGGAGGUAACAUACGCACACACUCAUACGCUGGAGGUUUCACACACAGCUCAUACACUGGAGGUAACACACACACAGCUCAUGCACACACUCAUACGCUGGAGGUAACAUACACACGCACUCAUACGCUGGAGGGAACACACACACACUCAUACGCUGGAGGGAACAUACACACACACAGCUUAUACACUGGAGGUA